AAGUGCUCGAGGUUGAAAGUGCAAGUAAAAUAAACGGAUUCAAGAAUGGAAAGAGUUUGAACAUGUUAUGAUCAUCGGAUCAUACGAGGGAAAACAACAUGUUGUCUACGAGCGCUGUCAAUUGAGAUUAAAUGACAAGAAAACUCGUCGAAUCAUGAAUGAGAUUGCAGAUAAUUUUGCGUGGAUUCGCCAGCUUGAAUGUCCACCAACAGCAUACAAUGAAUCAGUGAAGAAAAUAUUAUGCAAAGGAGUACUGGAGCUCCUCUGGGAGGACAUUUCCAAUUCUACGUUCCCUAUAGCUGAAGCACAUAAAAUAAGAAAGAAUAUUUUACUGUGCAAACUGAAGCAUGGAUUAACUGAUUCUGCAAUUUCAUCUGUGAGGAAUUUCAAUCAAUUGAAAGACAAAAAUAAUGCACUGAAGCAACAGAUAUCCACACUGGAAGAAGAAUAUGAAGAACAGGAUCAUAUUGUUAGGCAAAAAGUGCAACAAUUAAAGGACAUAAAGAGUAAGUGUUCGCUAAUUGGUAAGAGAAAGAAUUUGCUCAAACUAAAACACAGCGAAACCAGCAAGCAAGUGAAAGAUUGUGGUGACAUGAGACAAGUAUGUCUGCAUUUAAUGCCAAGUACUUCUAAGGAUAUAGAUCAACAGAGAUUAAGGGAGAAUUUGGAUAUAAUAGCAGAUCUGCGUCAUACAACCACAGAUAAGAAACAAAUAUGGGCGAAGGUAUCAAACUCUCUUAGUAAUAUUGAUGUACACACACUAUGGACACACUUGUAUCAAAUGCUAUCGCAAGAUUUGAACACAUUAACGAAAUUGGAAACCAAGAAUGACUUUGACAAUUCAAAUAUAAUAGGCGAAAGUAUAGAUAUUGGUAUUGCAAGAGCAUCUGGUCAAUAUAUAUGCAUGAUAUCAAAACGCAUGUUGUCUAAUGCUAAAAUUAAUAUGUACCAACAACGUUUGAUGGAAUUUAUAGAUUUAAUAGAGUCGUUAUCUCAUGAAAAUGUGAGCGCAUGGUUAGCUUUAAAGCUGGAGGUGAAAAAAUUAAAAGUCGAUCAAACAUAUUUGCAAAACGAAAUUCAGAAAUUGAGGAACAUUAUCCAGGAGAAUUCUUUGCUCAAUCUCGACAUAGCUCGAUUAACGGCUGACGUAGAGACAGUUGACGCACAGAUAGACAAAUAUAUAAAGGACAUUCAGCAAUCCAUAGCAAUUUUAAACUCUACGCCGACGCUCAUGUGUAAAGAAAAAGAGAAGCUACAAUACGAAUUGCAGAGAAUAGUAGUCUUACAGGCCGACAAUUAUGAUGCAAAUUGUGUGAAUAAUGCGUUGGAUAUCGAAUUGGACAUGUUUUACAAUAUCUUAGAUUUCAACGCUUUACGAAAAUUAAUAUUGAAGGGAGAUGUGGGACUGUACAGACACGCAGUCUGUGGUCUCGACAAAGCCUUUAUCAUGACCGUCAAUCCGCAAUACUCGAGGAUCAAGCCUUAUUUCCCAACAAUACAAAUACCAAUAUAUUCUCUCCUAGAAUGUUAUAAAAACGUGACUGCCAAUACAGUUUACACGAAGCUACACAAUUCCACUUCAACAGAGAUUGCGUGCACAGAUAAGUUAAUGUCGCCACGAGAAAAAUGUUAUUAUAAUAGUCUGGAAAUGCUGAACCUCACCAAAGUCGUUUGCGAUCAGACACAAGAAGAGAUCAAACACUUCAACGCAGUCCUAAGUGCUUGGACAAACCAAGACGUACAAAAAGCGAUGGCACUCGACGAAACGACCGUGGACGGCGUGUCUUUUAAGGAUUGGUUGCAACGUUACAACUUGUUAUUAUACAUGAUACACACACACAAAAAUAGUACACUUUAGUUUUUCGCCAUUCAUCUAUAUGAUAUUCAUGUGUUCGCAGAAUUCUUGUGUGUACAUAUAUUUUUUAAAAUAUUUUUUAUACAAAUCGUGCAAAGGUAAUAACUCAAAGUACACGGGCAUAGUAAAUAGACUUAUAUUUCUCGCAAAAAUACAUCACGUAAUACACGUUAACCAAUUUUGUGAUUAAUAAAUUUCAAUUACAGUACAACGUAAAAAUUAUCUCGAUGUAAGAGCACUUGGAAUUUUCAUAUCGCUGCUUAUCGAGAUUGGCGGCGCACGACCGUAAUUCGUUUUUGGCAUCUCAUCUCGGCGAGCUACUUGCAACAAAACAACUUCAAGUUCUCGGCCGAAUGAGUGAAAAAAAUUUAUUUGAUUGUCCACGUAUCUAUUGUACCAUACACGUGCAUUUAGCAUUUUCCAUCCAGCGAUCGUAUAUUAAAUAAUAUCUAACAAAAAAUCAGCCGUCAACGGCUUCAUGCUUUUAAGCUAAAAUUUUUUUAACAAAAUUUCGAAAUUUUGUUUUAUGUAGAUAACCUCUUGCGAAUGCUCACAUAUGGUACACGCAUCAAUUAUUGCAGAUACACACAUAACAGAUCACGGUCGAAGAGCUCGUUAUCAAUGCAACUCGAGUACAAUUUUUUUAAAAUCAUUUUUCUUCCAUUAUUAAUGGAAAAUGGCACCAAUAAACAUGUAAAAGUAUAUUCUUUUGUUAUUUGCGAGGGAUAAAAGAAUAGGUUAAGAACAUAUUUCAUUUGGAAACAAGCUCUUCAAUUACGGUUAUUGCAAUCUACAUUACUUGAAUCAGAAGACUCAAGAACAUUCAAACGAGAAGGGCAGUAAUCGGAACAAGGUCCCAAGAAGUCGAAAAUUCAAGACGGUCUCUUGAUUUUUCAUUUUCCUUAUGUACGUAAGCCGCAACUAUAAGGGUCAUGCACCCCAAUGUGCGAUUUUAUACAGCUUCUGCAUUAUAUGUGUAUGUGUAUACAUAUAUAUAUAUAUAUAUAUAUACAUAUACUAUAUA